UCUCUAUCAGCUCAGACGAGGAAUCAUUACCAGCCAGAGUUCUUAUCCACACAUUUCCUCUUCCAUGCAACCCAUUGUCUACUUCGAUCUCUCAAACGCUAAACGGACUUGGAAAUUCAAAUGCACAAACCAAUUCAGACAUCUAGAAGUGGGUGAUGGCGGGUUCUGCUCUGUUCUUUUCCUCUCUUUUUCAGAAGCUUGGCUCUUCCUCUAUUAGCAAGGAAACUGUUAUUGCACUCACUAUUUUCUUCACCCUACUCUGUGCUUGUAUCGUGAUUGGUCAUCUCCUUGAAGAAAACCAAUGGGCUAACGAGUCCAUCACUGCUCUUCUUUGGGAUUAUGUGCUGGAUUUGUUGUCUUGUUGGUCAGUAAAGGCCAGAGCUCGAGCAUACUUAAUUUCAGUGAGGAGUUGUUCUUCAUUUAUUUGCUUCCUCCUAUCAUUUUCAAUGCUGGGAGCAUUUUUUCUAUUGAAAAGGAUUGGUAUGGCAUCUUUGCGUGUGCAAGAUUAUCUAGCUAUUGGUGCCAUAUUGUCAGCCACAGAUUCUGUGUGUACAUUGCAGGUUCUCAGUCAAGACAAGACACCCUUACUUUACAGUCUUGUAUUCGGGGAGGGAGUAGUGAAUGAUGCGACCUCUAUUGUACUUUUCAAUGCAGUCCAAACAGUUGAUCUCAGCAGUAUCAAUGCUUUCAUAUCCUUAAAACUGUUUGGGACCUUCCUUUAUCUCUACUUAACGAGUACAGCACUUGGCAUAGCAGUAGGUCUUAUCAGUGCCUACAUUAUAAAGACAUUAUACUUUGGAAGGCAUUCCACAGAUCGUGAAGUUGCAGUUAUGAUGCUUAUGGCUUAUUUGUCAUAUAUGUUAGCUGAGCUGUUGUCCCUUAGUGGGAUUUUGACAAUUUUCUUUUGUGGCAUUGUCAUGUCACACUAUACGUGGCACAAUGUUACUGAAAGCUCAAGGAUAACAACCAAGCAUGCAUUUGCAACUAUGUCAUUUAUUGCAGAAACUUUUAUAUUCCUGUAUGUUGGUAUGGAUGCCUUAGACAUUGACAAGUGGAAAGCAAGCCAUACAAGCAGCGAUCAGUAUGCCUCAACUCUGUGGACAGUCCAUCAAGUCCUUGGGGAACAGAACUUUAAUACUAACAACUAUUUAAGAGGCGAUGAGAGUGGAAUCAGAGGAAUUUCAAUUGCUAUCAGUUUGACACUACUUGCUUUAGUGCUGGUUGGAAGAGCUGCAUUUGUGUUCCUUCUUGCAAACAUUGCUAAUUACUUUAAAAGAAGAGAGAGUGCAAAGAUUACACUGCGUGAACAAUUCAUAAUUUGGUGGGCAGGCCUAAUGAGAGGUGCAGUUACUAUUGCUUUAUCAUAUGAUCAGUUUACAGGAUCUGGCUCAACUUCAACAUCCACAGAAGACCGUGCACGUAUGAUCACUUGAACCAUAAUCAUUGUCCUCUUCAGUACAGUGGUCUUUGGAUCGAUAACAAAGCCUCUGAUUGAUGCUCUGCUGUUUCCACAAAAGCAGUCAAUUAUGAAUGUAGCUGAACUCCCGAGCUUUGAAGAAUUACAUAUCUCGCUUCUAGAAGAUGGAGGGCCAAGUGAUGAAGGUGU